AUGGCAGAGGUUGGGGAGCUGAAGUUGAAGAUGAGUACAGAACAUUUGCAGAAUGCUUUAGGAAGGCUGAUGAAGUUCAAGGGUGUUUUCACCAUCAUUAUCAGUUAUCGGGGCUAUGAAGUAGCUGUAAAGUUGUAUGGUCGCCAUGGCACUGGAUCCAAUCUUUUGGGGAUGGACUGGAUAAGGGAAGUUUGGUUGUCAGGCAUUUGCAUCGAAUAUUUGAAGACAUUGGGUGAAAAGUCAAUUGCUCAUGGUAUAUGUCUUUCAGCCAUGUCUGCCUCUGAGGAUGAAUGUUUUGGAUUGAGUGCGAUAUUAGAUAAAUAUGCACCAGUUUUUGCUGAUGAAUUAGGAUGUUGCAGUCAGAUGGUUGGGAUUCUGGUAAACCCAGACGCGAACCACAAGGUGUGUCUAUUUCGAAAACCUCCAAUCCACCUUAGAGGUAAAAUUGAGGAAGAACUAAAAAGGAAUGUGGAGAGCGUAGUAUUGGAACCGGUCAAUACUGCGGUCUGUGCAGUCCCCAUGGUCAACGUUAUGAAAAGGUCAGGAAACCACUGAAUGC